AUGGGAAAAAACAUCGUUAUAGAACAAAAUUUUUUGGAGAAAGGUCACACACAGAUGGAGUUUGAUGCGGUUCACAGUUCCAUCGAGCAAAAAUUAAAAAACCAGGAGAUCUUUCUACCAAGUCAAUUUGCGACGUUAUCAAAACAAGCUCGACCGCAAAAACCUUAUUUGGUUGAAUAUUUAGACUACAGUUUUUUCGACGACUUCUCAGACAAGAAUUCGUUUAUGUAUGACUCAAUACGGCCUGGUCGCUCCGUCAAUGAUCCUACAGUAACGGACAUACGAGCACUGCAGUAUAAUCCAAGUCAUGGAGUCAUCAAAUAUAAAUUGAACUUCGAGGAGGAUUAUAAAGAUCUGCCACGCAGAAUUCGACGAAGAGUAGUAAUGCCCGAAACUUUACCCCCUAGACCAAAACUCUACCAAAGUCGCAUCAAAAUAUCAGUAACUAAAUGGAAACAUUUACAGGAGUUAAAGACUGUUAUUCCUUCUGACUGUCACGGGUACUAUGAUUCCCUACCCUAUUGA